GGGGCGCGGCGCCGGUGCAUCCGCGGACCACGCCGCCCGCUUCGGUAGUCGUUCUCCGGACUCCACUAGUGGACACUGGUCCCGCUGAGGUGCACGAGUACUCCGUCAAGGCACACGACCAAGAGACGAGGCACCAUGGUGCUCUCGCUGAUGCCCUUCCUGGCCGCCAACUGGCCCUUCAUCCUGGCGGGGAUCUUGUGCUUCGUGACGGCGCGCGUCACCAUCGCGCCCAGCUUCGUCUCCUCGCUGCGGCGCCGCGGCCAGCAGGGCCAGCAGGGCCGCCAGCAGCACCUCACCCCGGACCAGCUGGCUGAACUCCCCGACGAGGACGCCGACCCCGACGCUUCGGACGAGGCCGACGACGGCCCGGCCCCCUCGCUGCCCGUGGACCUGGAGCACGUCGCCCUCGACUACGAGCGGCGCGCCGUGGAGGACAUGGCGGCCCGCGCGCGCAGCUUCUACGAGCUCAUGGACCGGCGCCGCACGGUGCGCGCCUUCAGCAGCGACGACGUGCCCUUCGGGAUCGUCGAGGACAUCAUCCGCACGGCAGGCACGGCCCCCAGUGGCGCCCACACCGAGCCCUGGAUGUACGUGGUGGUGUCCACGCCCGAGCUCAAGCAGCAGAUCAGGGACAUCGUCGAGCAGGAGGAGCUCAUCAACUACACGCAGCGCAUGGGCGCCCAGUGGACGACGGACCUGAAGCCGCUGCGCACCAACUGGGAGAAGGAGUACCUGUCGGACGCGCCGCACCUCAUCAUGGUGUUCAAGCAGCAGUACUCGCUGAAGGCGGACGGCACGCGGCGCAACCACUACUACAACGAGCUGUCCGUGGCCAUCGCCAGCGGCAUCCUCAUCACCGCCAUUCACAACGCGGGCUUGGUGACGCUGACGAGCACGCCGCUCAACUGCGGCCCCGCCCUGCGCGCGCUGCUGGGCAGGCCGGCCAACGAGAAGCUCACCCUGCUGCUGCCCGUCGGCUACCCCGCGGACGACGCCCAGGUGCCCGACCUCAAGAGGAAGCCGCUGGAGGACAUCCUCGUGCGGUUGUAAGGGGGAGGGGAGGGGGAGGGUCGGGGAGGUGUUUGGAAAAGAAGUUUGCGGGUCGGAGAGCCGCGCGUAAGCCUUUCAAGCAGGACCUUUCCGGACAGCGGUUGGAGCGCGCUGUUGCGAUUGUUCCUCUCGCCGCUCAGCGGCUCUGCUGUCGCUGUCACUUGAAACGGAACCAUCCUCUAUCAACAUCAUGGUUAAAAGAUGAUCACAGUCGGGGGCUUUUAUCGUAAUGAAAGCUUGAACUUUGAAAUGAACUCGCGCAGUUUAUUAUUUAUUUACAAAUAGGAACUCCACCACGCGGCGGAAUCGAUCACAGUUGGCGCCAUCGUUGCAUAAAUUAAACAUAUCGACACGGACGUCACACGUCAUUUCUUUACCACUCACUUUAUAUUAUUAAUUCGUAAAAAAUACGGUCAUGCAUGUACAAAGCCAUCUAAGUCUAAAGCGAGCGCUUCGCGAAUAAAGUA